AGCCGGGGCACCAUGUACAGUGUGGAAGACCUCCUGAUCUCUCAUGGAUACAAACUGGCGAGAGACCGCCCAGCACCACACGAGGACAGCUCUGAGGGACGCCGACCAGGGAGGACAAGGACACGAACCGGCCAUGGCCUGCUGAAUGGGCAUGAGGAUGGGCCUGCAGCCUCUGUGCAUCACAAGACAUCCACAGGGAAGGGACCCGGGAGUGACUCUGAAAGCCGUCGCAGCACACCAAGAGGCCACGGGGAGCCCCAGGGCGCUUCUGUUUCUAGAACCUCAGAGGCGGGGUUUUACCACCAAUCUACCCUAGCAUGGGCCUCACAGCCCCAGAAUAGAAACGACCAAGCCUGUUGGUGGAGAGGACAGAAAGUCGGCAGCUGGUUGGGUCCGAAGGACCGGGAAGAUCUGGAGGUCAGAGGAAUGGCCCAAGCCCACGGCCUGCCCGUCCACACGAGGGAGGGUCCAUGGCAAGUCGCAGGAAGGACAGAGAAUGUGAUGAAGAAGGCAGUGUGGGAGGAAGAGCUGAGAAUGUCAGGUUCUGCCAAGUGGCAGAAUGUCAGUCUCGAAAGCUGGAACCAGGCAAGGAGAUUAGGGAGGCAGAUGUCUGAUGGUGACGGGGAGAGGUUGUUUCAAGAUUUGUACCCAUUCAUUGAAGGAGAGCAUGUAUUGAAUUCCCAAAACAAAAGGAAAUCCCAGUCAUUGCCUAGAGUUAUUUCCCCUGAGAACCUGAGUUGCACAGAAAUUCCCAUCCCAUUGCAUGAUGGCCAUUCAGCCAAGAUGUCUCCGUAUUCUCCAUACUCCACGCCAAAUGUGGAAUCUACAAGGAACCUCGAGAAGGGCCCUUUGCCCCGGCCUAAGUUUGGGAGACCCCUCAAGCCCCCUUCUUAUGGCUCACACCAGCAAUCCAGGGGAGGUGGAGAAAGCAGUGACUCUCAGGACAGUCAGCACACAGACCCGCACGUCCCCAGACACGAGUUCUGCCUGCCUGAGUCUGGGCUGGAGCCCCCCAUGUACGUGCCUCCACCAUCAUACAGGUCGCCCCCCCUGCACAUUCCAAACCCCUACUUGGAAGACACAGCGCCUAGCCCUGCAUGUGGAAGCCACAGUCAGCAGCAACUUCCAACCGAGAAGGCCAGUGGCCAGCUUCCUUCAGGUCCCCUGGGAACCGGGCACACAUAUGGUGCGAGUCCCCGCUCUGCCCGAGGGCUACCCACACACCUGCAGCCUACCACUGCUUUCGGUGGCUCCAUUCAGUAUAUUCCUUUUGAUGACCCACGGAUUCGACAUAUUAAACUAGCUGCACCCCAAGGUUUCGGUGAAGAUGCAAAGCCUGAUGAUCAGUCCUAUGACUCCAGUCCUGUCACUGCCCCAGAGCCAGCUGAUGGAAAAUUGCAGCCCACUGGUGCCAUUUUGACUCCACAGAGCCUGAUACCCCCAUCAGGGAGUGGGAGAAUCCAAGCCUCAGCUAAUCCCAGCCCCCAGUGGCUGUGGGGACAGCUCCCCAGGGAUGGAGAGAAUGAUGACUUUCCUGACCAAAGAGACCACUAUGUCUCAAGAGGACAGUGGCCCAAUAUGAGAGGCGACCAGCAAGGCCACACAGACAGCCACGUUUCCUCCCCACACCCAUGGGGCGAGAGUACCUGCGAAACUCAGACCAAGCUCAAAAAGUUUGAGACUGGGAUUCAGACCAAAAAAAGUUCAAAGAAAAAAAUGAAUGAGACUAUAUUUUGUUUGGUUUCCAUCCCAGUUAAAUCAGAACCACAUCUGCCAGAUAUAGAUAUGGACAACAAUGACUCGAAACCGAGUACUGAUAAAAGGAACGGGCUGGAUGGGAGUGUGGCCUUGCGACCACAGCAUCAGCUGAGCAUGUCUGCCACUGACCUGGAACUGCAGGCUCUCACGGGAAGCAUGGCCGGGAGGAUGGAGCUCCAAAAACAAGACCUGGGGGAGCCAGAAGACAGACAAACACAUGACCUCAGACUCAGUCACCUUACAACACAUAGGGAACUCAAGUACUCUGGCUCCUGGCCAGGGCACCAGUACCGAGAUCAACAGACACAAACCAGCUUUCCUGAAGAGUCCCAAAGCUCACAACUCCUUUCUGGUGCAACACUUGGAGGGCCAAAGGAGGCAGUGCUGGCCCCAAGAUGUCCUGAUGGGCAGACACAUGCACCCAUAGCUUCCAGGGACCACAGACAGAGGCCAGAUGCUCAGAAUCUGAAAGGUCAGAGGUCCCUCAGCCCGUCCAACAACAGUGCUUUUUCCAGGACUUCCUCGUCUAUCAAUCAGGCUUCUGUGCCCAAGGCAGGUCGAGGUCAGCCUUACGUGGAUAUCCCUGGGCAUGGAGCCUCCCCAGGGCCCAAGCCUGAGGUGGUAAAAGGGGAACCCACAGGCCCGUGUAACAGUAAACAGCUCUUUGGGCAGUUUCUCCUGAAACCAGUGAGUCGUCGUCCCUGGGAUUUGAUCAGUCAGUUAGAAAGUUUCAACAAAGAGCUCCAAGAAGAGGAAGCAAGCAGCGGCAGUCACAGCAGCAACGAGGACAGUGAGUCGGAGCAGCAGUGGGAAGACCGAGUGGACUCCAGCACGGAGAACCUAGGCGUCUGUGGAAACAGCCCAGAAAGGAGGGGUGAGCGACAGCCGGGGACAUGGGUGCAGGAGGAUCCUGUGUUUAGGUCAGGAAGAGGGGAAGCCAGGCCCGAGAACUGGAGUGAGGAGCUGGCGCCUGGCCACCCAUGUGCGCAUGCUCCGUCCCCAGGCCCCUCGCCAGUGGAAAGCAGCAGUGCGGCAUCUUUCUGGCCAGCAAGUGGAAGCUCGCAUAUAGAUCAGAGACAUCAGGGGGCUGGCAACAGAAGGAACCAACCAGCGGCCAGCCCGGGUCCUGUGAAAAGAGUAAUGUCUUCAGGACCAAGUGACGCAAAGCCAAUGCCUCCAUCCUACCCAGCUGAGCCCAGGGAGCCCCCAGAAAGUCAGGAACCCUCCAGUGCUUCCAAUUCUGUGAAAGCGAGCCAGGCGGUGCUCCCUGGGGUUGACAGCAGUCCAGAGAGGGGCGUGGUGCUCCCGCUGUCCCUGACUAGCAAGAAUCGAGGGCUCUCGGCACCAGACUUGCGGUCUUUGGGGCUCACCACAGGACAGGAGCUGAGUGCCAGCAAGCCAGAGGGGUCUUCAGGUGAAGCAAGCACAAUAGAAAUUCCCCCAGGGGAGUCCCUGCAGGCGAGGGCUGCGCGAAUCCUGGGCAUCGAGGUAGCUGUGGAGUCCCUUCUGCCGGGCACCCGGAGAGCAGGACAGAGUCAGCAUCCCGAGCCUGACAUAAGUGCCUGCAGCCCUGAGUCACCCAGGGAAGCGUUGCCAUCCACGGGAGCAUCCUUGCCAUCCACGGGAGCACCCACUGGUGGCCCCGCCACGUCCACUGAUGCCUUUUACGGCAGGAGAAAGUGCGGCUGGACUGAAAGCCCUCUCUUUGUGGGAGACAGGGAUGGUACCAGGCGGGCCCCUCAGGCUUCUGAGCGCUCAGGUGCGGAUGGUGUUGUUGCCAGCGAAGCCUCCAGUCCUGAGCCUCAGUCUAACUCCUUGGAGUCCAAGUGCUUCGAUCAGAAGGAUGUGGGAGCAAAGCCACCCUUCAGGUCCACUUUGUUCCACUUUGUAGAAAGGACCCCAAGUGUGACAGGCUCAGAAAAGAGGCUCAGAAGCCCUUCCAAAGUGAUUGAAAGUUUACAAGAGAAGCUGGCCUCCCCCCCGCGGAGGGCAGACCCUGACCGCCUGAUGAGGAUGAAAGAGGUGAGUUCCGUGUCUCGGAUGAGGUUCCUGAGCUUCAGGGGUACUGACUCCCUGGAGGAGGCUGAGGAUCUGAGGGUCGUGAGGGGCCAGGUCGGGCUGCCAGGAGGCUUCACAUCUCUGAGCGGCGGGGACCAGGCCCAGAGAGUGGGCCACUCACUCUCCGUCUCCAGGGACAGCGUCUCACGGGAAGAAAACGAGCAUCCGACUGCACAAUGGGAGAAGAACGUGGACCAAGACUUCUGGUGCCCAGAUUCAUAUGACCCUAGCAGAGUGGAGAAAGUAUGAAGAAAUGGCUGGUGAUGCAAGGGGCCAUCUCCGUGUGCUGAGUGUUCUCUGGCUUAGCCUGUCAGACCCACCUGCCCAGGUAGAAGCUGGAAUCUGCUGGUUUUUUAGCUUCAGGUGCAUCCUUUCCCACUGCCCCAGGAAAUACAUCAUCCCUACAGAACUGCUCUGUGGCGACAUAGUAAUAGUCCGUGGAAACCAUCUGUUUAUACAGCACGAGGAUUUAACGCCUCUAAGGAGGGAAGAGUUUCCACAGAAACUCUCCUCCACGAUGGAUGUGGCCAAGCUGGCAUGUAAUAUGGUGUUACGCUGGUUGUGUGUGAAAAUUUAAACACAGAAGAUCGAGUGAAUGGUUUUGGAAGGACUGUGAAUGUCAUACAUUCCCCUUCGUGUCCUGUGGCCUGUGUCCACACUCAUGUGAAGGAGUCUGGGAUGCAGGCCAUUGUCCGGUGUGGAGCACUUUCAGCGUAGGGGAAGUGUGAACUGAUAUAUCUGAUCCAUUUCUAAUUGAUUUGGCCUUCUGCUGCUGGGAGUAACUACUUAUAAGUAACUUACCAUCAGAGAAUAAAAGCAAUAUCUUUUAAGUUCCUGAAAAAAAUUGAAACUUGUACUGUAAUAUGCUCAGAGUGUUAUUUAUCUGGCAAUGAAAUAGUUGGAUUGUUUGCAAAUA